UGGAGACUCCGCCCGCCUACCCGCCUCUUCGGCCCCGCCCCCUUCCCGCCCCGCGGCGCAUUGUGGGAUCUGUCGGCGAGCCUGGCUGCGGAGGGCCGGUGCUCGGUCAUGGGGUUCCAGCCGAGCCCGGUCUUGCUGGCCUCCCUGGGGGUGGGGCUGCUGACUCUGCUCGGCCUGGCUGUGGGCUCCUACCUGGUUCGGAGGUCCCGCCGGCCGCGGAUCACUCUCGUGGACCCCAGUGAGAAGUACCUGCUGCGACUGCUAGACAAGACGAAUGUGAGCCACAACACCUGGAGGUUCCGCUUUGCCUUGCCCACCGCCCACCACAUUCUGGGACUGCCUGUGGGCAAGCAUGUCUACCUCUCCGCCCGGAUUGAUGGCAGCCUGGUCAUCAGGCCAUACACUCCUGUCACCAGUGAUGAGGACCAAGGCUAUGUGGAUCUUGUCAUCAAGGUCUACCUGAAGGGUGUGCACCCCAAAUUUCCUGAGGGAGGGAGGAUGUCUCAGUACUUGAACAGCCUAAAGAUUGGGGAUGUGGUGGAGUUUCGAGGGCCAAGCGGGCUGCUCACUUACACUGGGAAAGGGAACUUUAGCAUUCAGCCCAACAAAAAGUCUCCACCAGAAAUCCAAGUGGCCAAGAAGCUGGGAAUGAUUGCCGGCGGAACAGGAAUCACUCCAAUGCUACAGCUGAUCCGGGCCAUCCUGAAAGACCCUGGAGACCCAACCCAGUGCUUCCUGCUUUUUGCCAACCAGACUGAAAAGGACAUCAUCUUACGGGAGGACUUGGAGGAGCUGCAGGCCCGAUAUCCCAAUCGCUUUAAGCUCUGGUUCACUCUGGAUCAUCCCCCAGAAGAUUGGGCCUACAGCAAGGGCUUUGUGGCUGCCGACAUGAUCCGGGAGCACCUGCCCGCCCCAGGGGAUGGUGUGCUGAUACUGCUCUGCGGGCCGCCCCCAAUGGUGCAGCUGGCCUGCCAUCCCAACCUGGAUAAACUGGGCUACUCAAAAAAGAUGCGAUUCACGUACUGAGUAUGCCGUGGUUCCCGUGGUCCUGUUCCCUGCACUGGUCCCCAGUCAGUAUUCAAAUGCUCUAAGCCCUAGAUUCCUUUCCUGGCAGUAGCAGUCCUUUUGUUUUAUUCUGGAGCUAAAAUCUGAGUGGUACCUACAGAAGCAACAUUCUUACAGCCACGGGAAAGGCCAAGGCCGAGUUGUUCCCUGGAAGGCCCCCCACAUGUCCCCGAGAUAAAAGGCCCAGGUCAGACCCAUGGGUCAGAAAGAAGCAAGCAUGUACAUUCAUGCUGAGACCGGCUAGUUCCUUGAUAGCAUCACACUCCAGUCUUUUUUGUGCCUGUGAUGAAAGGAACAAUCCAUAUAAUGGAUUUUACUUAAUAUUCGGUGCUUCACCCAUAACAAAUUUUGUAUGUCUGAGUACAAAUUGAACUGAUUUCUAGACUUACAGGGAUGGUGGGAAAGGAGGAAAUGGUUUCUUCAGACCUCUAGACCUCAGGGAAAGGAAUCUGAAAUAUGUAUUUGUGUGUCUGUCUCUCUCUGUCCCUUCCCAGGCUGGAGGGAAGCACUGACCCACAAUCUAAAGCUUCAGCUGAGGGCAGAAACCUCUGGCUAUGCAAAUAAAUGGGGCUGAGGCCCCUGUGGUAUACCUGA